AUGAAUAGGCCUGCGGAGAGGCCAGUACAGACGGAGCCAGCCUGUUCGACUGGAAUGGUGCCAAGCCUCGUCGUCCCUGUUGGUAUGGCUUUCUUGCAAAGGUUGGUUAAGCUGACUCUGGGCUUACUGGUUCCUGAUUGGUGGAUCCGUCAGAUUAAAGCGCUUCGUCACACCAUUCAUUAUGCCAUCAUUUAUGGUCUUUUAUCAGCCUAG